UGCCGCUCCUCCUUCCUGCCGUCCCGCCGAGAAAAGGGAACUGGGCGCGGGGCAGAGGAAGCGGCCCGAUCCCGCUCCUCCGUCGCCCUCCGCCCCUUCUCUCCGCGCGGGGCCGGGCCGGGAGCGCCGCGGGCCAUGGCCGGGCUGCGGGCGCUGCUGCUGCUGGGCUGCGUGCUGGCUGCCGCCCGCGCCUUCAAUCUGGACGCUGAGCGGCCGGCCGUGUACUCGGGCGCCGAGGGCAGCUACUUCGGCUUCGCUGUGGACUUCUUCGCUCCCGACCCCUCCUCGAUAUUUCUCCUGGUGGGAGCUCCAAAGGCAAACACCUCCCAGCACAAUGUGGUAGAAGGGGGCCAGGUGCUGCGAUGUAAAUGGGAUUCCAACAGGAACUGCCAACCCAUCAUCUUUGACUCCACAGGCAACAGAGAUUUUGCUCCUGAUGAUCCAUUGGAAUUUAAGUCUCAUCAGUGGUUUGGAGCCUCUGUGAGAUCCAAAAAUGAUAAAAUUCUGGCUUGCGCCCCAUUGUAUCACUGGAGAACUGAAACAAAACAGGAGCGAGAGCCUGUGGGGACUUGUUACCUGCUUGCUGGAUCUAAAUCUGUGGAAUAUGCACCCUGCAGGUCAACCACUAUUGAUGCAGAUGGGCAAGGAUUUUGUCAAGGUGGAUUUAGUAUUGACUUUACAAAGGGAGACAGAGUCCUGCUUGGAGGACCUGGCAGUUUUUACUGGCAAGGCCAGCUUAUUUCUGAUCGAGUCACAGAGAUUGUGGCUAAAUAUGACUCCAAAGUCUACAGUACAAAAUAUGACGACCAGUUAGCAACCAGACCUGCUAGUGCUGCUUUUGAUGACAGCUACUUGGGUUAUUCUGUGGCUGUUGGAGACUUCAGUGGUGAUGGCAUAGAAGACUUUGUAUCAGGAGUCCCAAGAGCAGCAAGAACUCUAGGCAUGGUGUCUAUCUACAAUGGGAAAAACAUGUCUUCCAUGUACAACUUCACUGGAGAACAGAUGGCUGCCUAUUUCGGCUAUUCAGUGGCUGCCACAGAUAUCAAUGGGGACAAUUACACAGAUUUGUUUAUUGGAGCCCCUCUUUUUAUGGAUCGAGGUUCUGAUGGGAAACUUCAAGAGGUUGGCCAAGUUUCCAUUUGUCUUCAAAGAGCCUCUGGAGGGUUUCAGAUUGCAAAGCUGAAUGGUUUUGAGAUAUUUGCAAGAUUUGGCAGCGCUAUUGCACCUCUGGGUGAUCUAGACCAGGAUGGCUUUAACGAUAUUGCAGUAGCUGCACCGUACGGUGGAGAGGACAAGAGAGGACUUGUCUAUAUCUACAAUGGAAGAGCAACUGGUUUGAAUGCAGUCCCAUCUCAAAUUCUUGAAGGGCAGUGGGCUGCUCGUACUAUGCCACCCAGCUUUGGGUACUCGCUGAAAGGAGCCACAGAUGUGGACAAAAAUGGAUAUCCAGACUUGAUUGUUGGAGCCUUCGGUGUUGACACAGCUGUUUUGUAUAGGGCCAGACCAGUUAUUAGAGUGAAUGCUGCCCUGGAAGUUAAUCCAACUAUUCUAAACCCAGAAAACAAAGCCUGUUCACUGUCAGAUGUAAAAGUUUCAUGCUUCAAAGUAAAGUUCUGCUUAAAAGCAGAUGGCAAAGGAAAGCUCCCUAAUUCGCUCAAUUUCCAAGUGGAGCUGCUGUUGGAUAAACUGAAGCAAAAAGGAGCUAUAAGGAGAGCUCUCUUUCUCCACAGCAAACAGCCAAGCCACUCCAAGAACAUGACUAUUACAAAGGGAGGCAAAAUGAAUUGUGAAGAACUUGAUGCUUUUCUGAGGGAUGAAUCUGAAUUUAGAGACAAAUUAACUCCCAUUACAAUUUUUAUGGAAUAUCGUCUUGAUUACAAAACAGCUGCAGAUGCAACAGGAUUGCAUCCUAUCCUCAACCAAUUCACUCCUGCUAACAUGAGCAGACAGGCACACAUUCUGCUGGAUUGUGGUGAGGAUAAUAUCUGCAAACCAAAGCUGGAGGUUUCAGUAAGAAGUGAUCAGAAGAAGAUCUAUAUUGGUGACGACAAUCCCUUAACGCUGACUGUCGGUGCUGAGAAUCAAGGGGAAGGAGCCUAUGAAGCAGAACUCUUUGUCAUUGUUCCGCCUCAAGCAGAUUUCAUUGGUGUUGUUCGGAACAAUGAGGCUUUAGCAAGACUGUCAUGUGCAUUUAAAACUGAGAAUCAAACACGCAUGGUGGUUUGUGACCUGGGAAAUCCCAUGAAAGCGGGAACUAAGCUGUUAGCUGGCCUGCGUUUCAGCGUGCACCAGCAAUCUGAAAUGGAUACCUCUGUGAAGUUUGACUUGCAAAUACGAAGUUCCAAUCUGUUUGACAAUCUAAGUCCAGUAGCAUUCUAUCAGGUUGACCUUGCCAUUUCAGCAGCUGUUGAAAUUAGAGGCGUGUCAUCUCCUGAUCACAUAUUCCUUCCUGUUGCAAAUUGGCAGCCCAAGGAGAAUCCAGAAACAGAAGAUGAUAUAGGGCCUCUAGUUCAGCAUAUCUAUGAGCUGAGAAACAAUGGCCCAAGUGCUUUCAGCAAGGUGAUGAUGACUCUGCAGUGGCCUUACAAAUACAAAAACUAUACACUGUUGUAUAUUGUUCAGUAUGACAUUGAUGGUCCCAUGAACUGCACUUCUGAUAUGGAGAUCAAUCCAUUGAAAAUUAAGAUUUCUGCUUCUAAAGAUGAUGAUAAGAAUGAAACAUUUAGCAGGGAAGAUAAUCGCAAUCAUCGUAUCAGUCGAAGAGAUUUAACGGCCAUUGAAGGAGACGUGCAAACUUUGGGCUGCGGAAAUGCUGAUUGUUUAAAGAUAGUCUGCCAAGUUGGCCACCUGGAGAGGGGAAAGAGUGCAAUAUUGUAUUUAAAAUCACGACUUUGGACUCAAACAUUCAUGAAUAAAGAAAAUCAGAAUCACUCCUAUUCCCUUAAAUCAUCUGCUUCAUUCAGUGUUAUAGAGUUCCCUUAUAAGAACCUUUCCUUUGAAGACAUCCACAAUUCUACAGUGGUUACUACAAAUAUUACAUGGGGCAUUCAACCACAGCCUAUGCCUGUGCCAGUGUGGGUUAUAAUUUUAGCUGUCCUAGCAGGAUUAUUGCUCUUGGCUGUUCUAGUGCUUGUUAUGUACAGGAUGGGCUUUUUCAAACGUGUGAGACCACCUCAAGAAGAACAAGAAAGAGAACAGCUGCAACCACAUGAGAAUGGGGAAGGAACAUCAGAAGCUUAAGCAGAGUUUUAUCUGUAAGACAUUAUAAAACUUUAAAAUGGCUACAUCUUAGUUUCAAAUACAGGUUUCCCCCCCCCUUAAGGAAAAAAAAACACUCAUGACUGCAAGAAUGAUGGUGUCAGAAGAUAUCAGCACAAACGCAUUAAGAGCAAUAUAUUUUAAUCCUCCUUUUUGCAUUAAUCAUGUCCAUGUAUGUGACUAAUAUGUCUGCACUGACUUGUGUGUGAUAACCGUUAAGUAAAAUAUAGUGCUAUGACUUUGCUUAUUGGGAUGUAGGAUACAUGUUUUUAACAGACCGAUUUUACAUGAGCUACUACACAGACUCCUUUUAUACAGCUGAAGCCAACAGCUUCCACAGAUACUUGAAAGAUUACAUUUUGUUUCAGUAGAUACUUGUUUUUGUACACUACAGUUUUAUUUCCCAACUCUUGAAAGCUAGUUGCACAAAAAUGACCACAGCUUGUUUUACAAAACUCAAGAAUAUUCCUUGACCCAUUAACUCUGAUGGGGAUUUUCCUCUUGCUCAAAAAAUACAAAAAAGACUAUUCAUUGGAAUCAUAGACGUGAUACCUGUUGUGCACUCUCAUCCACUCUCCUGUCUAGUCAUUUGCCUUGAUUUUUCCCUCUAGAUGUUACAGAUACUGUUCUCCAGGCCCGAGGUCCCAUAAAAAGGGGCUGAGCCUUCACCACAGGAAGUGAGGGGUAGAGGGCUGGAGAUUAUGUACUUUCUACAUGGGACCUAGCGAAAAGAUUCAGGGCAAGAUCCAAAGACUGUGCUGUGUAUUUCUAUGGAGCAGGAUCCAUGUGUCCCACAGAAUUCUUGGCAGCAUGGUUCCUCUUAGGAACUACCAGGGACAAGAUCUUGGACCGUGGCUGCCCACAGGCAUGUCUGAUGAGAAAAACUUUGUCCAAAGAUCAAACUUCCACGUGGUUAGAAGUUUGAAUCUGCAUAUUACUUGGGCCGAGUUACAGUUUUUGGCAAAGCAAUGGAGGUUGGUUACCUGAGUGACAUUUUACCUGAUGCACCCUGGAGAAGCUGUUAAUAAUUCUCACAUUCCAUAGUUGACUACAUCCAAGUGCAGGAUAUAGUGAUAACAGGGACAGUUUAAACUACACUACGUGCCAGCCAAAUGUAUCUAAAUUACAUCAGUACUUUAGCUUCACUUUCACCUACCCUAAAAGAGUAGUGAGCUUGUCAAAUGAAGCAGAGUAUAGCUGGCAAAGUGAAAGGGUUUUAAAAGAAGGUUGCUCCAAUUCAUUUAUUCAUUGUACAUUUGAUUGCAUGAAAGAUGUUUAAUUAUGUUCAAUGCAUUUCAUUGCCAGAAGAGACAUUAUUUCAUUUCACUGAUGGUUUAUACACAUACAAAAAUGUGAGUGUGUUCAAGCCACUGUUUUUUGUUAUUCUUAGCUUAAUUCUCUCAUUAUUGGUCUAGUAAAACGAAGUCUCAUAUACUUACGAGAGCACACAAAACAUUGUCUGUACGCAUUUCAGUAAGUAAGUGCAAAUUUAAGUAGGUAUUUGGCUCGCACAUGUAGCUGUGUUGCACAAUUCUUAGAGUGGACAUACUUAAACUGGUACAGAGAUGCCUUAUAUGAGAUUUGUUUAUUCUCUAUUCUGAAAAAGAAUGCAGCCACAUACAGAAAGAAACAUUCCUACUGUAAUUAUACUGAUGUGAUUUCUGUGUAAACAAGUUCUUAGAGGGACAAAAAAUCGUUUUGUAAUUUGUGGUUUUUAUUCAAAUCUGUAUCUCUCCCAGAAAUACUGCAAUACCCGGUAAACCCAGAAUUAUCUGAAAUGAACAGUUUGAUUUGACUUUCAUUUCUGCCUCCUUUCUGAGAUGUAAAAUCCACAGAGGGCUUUCAUUGUUAAGUCUGUUCUUAGUCACUAGACCAUGAUGGCAUUUGAGUCAUUAAGGGAGACAGCAGAAAGGUUGUGAGUGCCAGUUCGUAUAUCACGUCUUGGCUUGCAUAUUUAUCCAUGCACAUGUUUUUUAUUUUAGACAAGUUGUUUAGAUCUAAUAGUUUAUUUGAGAGAAUAUAGGACAAAAUUCUGUUUUCACUGAAUUUUCCAGGUCUUUCUUCUGACCAAGGUAAUUCUUUUGCAUUUGCUUCUAGUUUUGUUAUUAGUAAUAUAGUAAGGAACUGGGAGUCAGGCUUUGAUCCUGGCCUCAAAAUGUGACUUUCAUAACACAAUUGUAGUUAUUUACAUAGGUUUCUAUUUCUCACACCUUGUCAAUUUAUUAUCUAUGUGCAAGAAGAUCAUUUUUCCCAGUCUUAAUCUUAGUAGGUUAAGAGGUUUAAGGGACUGCCAGACAGAUCAAUAGCUCUAAUUAUUAUGUGUGUUUCUUCCUUACGUGUACAUAACAGGUUGACUUGAAAUUUAUUAGACUACUUGCACGUCUAGGCACUAUAAGGAGAUGAGAAAAAACCACAAAACAAAACAUGGUCAAGAUCUCUUCAGCUGACAUGGAAGGGGUUUUGUAGCCCUGUUAAUGUCAGUGCUAUCUACGUCUUAAUUUUACUGUGGCAACUGGAAACUCAUUUUGCUGUUUUUCAAGAUAAAGAGGUACAUUUUAUUGGUACAUCUGCUGUAGUUAUGGAAAGUUUCUUUCAUUUACUGAAGUUACAUAAAAGACUUAUUUAAAUGAUUUUUAUUUUCUGACAUUCUACUUGAGAAUAAAUGCAAAUAAUUACUUUUCCCACAUCCACUAAUUUCCAAUUUGAUCGGUUAAAGAAAGAAAAGUAGCAUACAUAAAUGGAGCAUACAGGUAACUUUGUGAACAUAAAUAGAUAUAACAUCCCAAAUUCACUUAAAAGUGACAUUCUUUCAGGAGGGUUCUGAACACAACACUUUUCUGAAGGGAUGUACAAGCAAUCUUUGAUUUUGCAUUUUAGAUUUGGCAGUACAAUUAAGGAAAAUAUAUAUGCACUUGUGUCACUAUAAAUUUUAUAGUGGCUUACAGGCAUUGAUGUAUUCUUAUAGCACAUAUUUUAGAGAGAUGUUAAAACUUUUAAAUAAACUUUAAAAAUGUAUUUUGGAAUGAAAUCAAUGCCCUUGAGUCAAAACUAGUGCAAAUAAGAUGCAUACUGCAAGCAUCAAAAAAAAGAAGCCAACACAAAUACAGUAUCAGGUAAUUGACUUAGCCUUCUUUUGAGAGAGUUAUGUUUCAGAAGCAUAAUUUUUAUGUAUAUAAUAUUGGCAACUAUGUAAUUCUUUAGCCAAUGAAAACAUUUUAAAGUGUUAUAUCUUUUAUAAUGAAAUAUGAAAUUCUAUAACUGCUCCAGUUUACAAUUAUUGCAGCAUCUCAUGAUGCACACUAGAAGGUGAUUUAUAUUUAAAAAUGCAUAUUGUCUGGUAUAAUAUUUGACAAUAUUUAGAAAAUGUAAAGAGAAGAACGUAAUUGAUAGGUCAUUUCUUUCAAGAAACACUACCAAAUUGAGAUAGCUUUUGUUUAAGCAUGACUGCAGAGUCAGACGUUUAUCAACAUGAGUAGAAAUAAUUGAGAAAUGUUGACAGGUUUUAGUACCAAGUUUAUAAUUUUACUUGUCCCAUUUUUCUGUUCUAAAUUUCGAUUGACGUAUGGACCUUUGAUUCGUAUAAUGCUUAUGAAACUCUAAGAAAGUUUAUUAUACAUGUACUUAUUUUAUAAAACAUUUAUUCCAAGCAAAGGCUUCAAUGUUUAGAUGUUUCUAAAUUUGUGUCCAUGGUUAAAAAGUCAUUUAGCUAAACUCUCAUGGGUAUUUAAAAAAUAUUUUAGCUGUAAUCAGCAUGUUCUUGGUCCUUUGAAGGAUUCUUGUUGCACUUUGAUUUUCUGCAACACUGAGGCCUGCUGAUGGUUAUCCUUGGGCCCUGCAGUAUUUUUCCCAUACCGUCCCAAAUAGUCUUGGAGCAACAUUACACUGGUGAAAAUCCAGUUAGUUUUUACCUUUGGUCUGUGUUAAGACCUAUUCCAUAGUCCAAUGAAAUCACAGAAAACCUGACAUUCACUGCAAUUGUCUUUCAGUUACACUUUUUGUGUUCAAUGCUGUUGACGGUUAAUGAGGAAGGAAAAAAAAGGAAUUUAUGAAAGGAAAAUGGAAGUCCAGUAUAAAAAGCAGUUGGCAGACCACUGAUGAGCAUUAUGGUAAAGGGAGAGUUUUUUGUUUGAUUGAGUGAUGGGAUGAACCCAUAACUGCUGGCAGUGGCCUUUUAUUACAAACAAAUGCCACACACUGGAGCAUGAUUCUAUGCUGAGUUCUACUGAUUCUCACUGAUGGGAGUGGAAUCUGAAUUCUUUGGUACCGAAUCUCUAGCUUCUAAUUCCCAAGUGCAAUAUAACACGAUCAGAACUAGUUCACUGUCAAGAUGUUUGGUUUUGUCUGUCUAGGAAAGGAUGUAGCAUUUGUUGACUUGCAGUGGUCAAUAUUUUUAAGAACUUUAACAAAACCAGUGUGUUAAAAUGACGUGAUAAAUGAAUGGUGUAGAAAGGUGUUGAUCACCCACAUUGGGUGAAACAAGAUGUAUAUUCUAAAGUGUAUCCAUUACUAACUGUCGAAUUAUUGAGAAUUGGUACAAUAUUCUUUAAGUCCACUGCUGAAAAUAUGACUAGAGACUGUACAACAAUGGGUUUGAGUCUGUAGUGCCACUGCUGUUUCAUAGAAUGUUGGUCUUUUUUUUUUCCCAUUGUGUAAAAUUUUUAAAUAAUAACUCAAGAAACUUAGCAUUACAUGCAGCGAUCUCUCCAGAUAUGCUUCAUUAAGAUUGAAUAACUCAUCCUUUGGCUUUAGUAAAGUCAAUGAAGAUCUGAUGUAGCAUUUGAGACUUCAAAAAAUGUUUUCAGGUUUAGGUGGCCCACUCUAGUCCAGGAAGGCAACUGGUAUUUGCUAAGAUACAAAUAUGUUGAAAACGCAACAUUGUAUUUCUUGGUAAUAGAAUUUUUGCAUUGAUUUUUUGCUCGUGCAUUAAAUCAGUAUAGCAUUGUUUGCACAGGCAGAAAAUUAACGUACUAAUGAGACUGCUGCAUUUUGGGUUUCUUAGUUAUGUAGUAAAUAUUUGUGAUGAAUGGGAAUAUUUUCAGUAACUAUGAACUUGUUUCCAAGGUCUUCGGUACAUUUAAAGAGAGCAAUAUACAUUUGAGGUCACCUUAUUUUUAUUAAAUUAUAAACCUUGCAAAAAACGUGGGUAUUAUAGCACAGUAAUUUUGUACUGAUAUCAAAAAUAGCUAUUAAGCUAUGGUUUACUUUUCAAUGCAUUCUCUUCAUCUUAAUUGAAAAUUGAUUUUAUUAAGUUGUAUUUUUCUACAUGUGUAUUAAAUUUCAAAAUAUUGUCGGAUAACCUGUUUGAGAAAUGUAUUUUAAGUAUUGAGUUGAUUUUGUUGUUUAGAAUUUUGGAAUAAAAUACCUCUUAACUAA